AUGGAGCUCCGGGAUGCUGGCCGCGCCACGCAGCGUGAGCAGCGGGUGCCCAUCAUCUUCCCGCGGGUGGCCAUGCCCAUCUGGGAGGGUGUCUCUAACUACAUCCUGGAGAAGCUGGCGCUGAACAAGGAUGUGAGAAUUAUUCCCCUUGGCACCUUCAGUGUUGUUUCAAAACAAGUCGUUGCUGGCAAGAAUGGUCCUCUGACUGUUCGGAGACCCGCAUUUCGCCUCUCAAGCAACCUUGUGGAUCUUCAGGGCCUCAGCCAUGAGGAGGCCUCUGUUGCUGGGCGCAGGAAAGCUGAGACCCUGAAGUAUCCUCACUUAGCCGUGGCCAUCUCUAUGCCUUGGAAAACAGCGGCGGCCUGCGUGGAGGAGACCGUGUACCUUCUGUCUUGCUGUCUGGCCAAUGGGAAGAACGUGGCCCUUCUUUUCAAGGGCAUUGGCGUGCUUCUCAUUGAAGAGAAUGUGUCUGGCCAGCGCCUCCUCCAGCGAGAGAGGCAACCUGAAUCAAAAAUGGUGGCUACCACUGUGGAGGAAGGCAUGGUGGAGGAAGAGCCUCGAGGCAGAACUGCCUCUAGUGAUGUCACGGGUCUGCGCGACGAAUCGUUGGAGGUGGCUGCGAACUGCUUCGGUGACGUCACGUCCGCGCGACCAAUCGUUGGAGGCGGCUGCGAACAGAUUUCUGCAGCUUCGCUCCUUGACAGGACUGUGAAGAUUAGGAGGGAGGCUGAAGAGCGGAAAGUGGUCUGGGCCUGGGGCCUCCUUAAUAUGUCUGUUGGGGGGAUGAUAUAUACUGACAUGACUGGAAAACUUAUAAGUUCCUAUUACAACAUCGCAUCUUGGCCGCUCUGGUAUAUUGAGCUUGCGCUUGUGUCCCUGUUCAGUCUGAAUGCCUUAUUUGAUUUUUGGAUGUACUUCAAGUACACAAUGGCACCAACUACCUUGGUCAUGACUCGCAGACAGCAGAUCCUUCUAGGGAUGCAGAAUGCAGCGGUACAAAUAAUUCCAGCACAUGAGCUGGCAGCGAAGAAAGUCCCUUCUUCUACGCCUUCUCCUAGAGUCCAGGGUCAAACUGUGCUGAGUUACAGCCCAUCCUGGCCCUUCAGGGCCAGUCCAAAAUUUACUUCUGGUUGUAUCUCAGGGUACAGCCCUCAGCGGCAGGCUCUGUCAAGCAACAGCGCUUCUUAUAGCAGUGCUUUAACCUAUUCACCAAGCAGCAGCUACAGUAAGCUUUCCAGCUUCAGCUCUUCUACUGGUUCACCAUAUGCCUCAAGUGUUGGGCCAGUGGAAAGCACCGGGCUAAGGUCUCGUUGCCACUUUUCACCAAUGCGGUAUAAUUCCCGUAUGAGUCAAGAUGAUGAAAUCACAGACCGCAAGUCACUGCAAAAGUACCUUCGAAGCGAAGAAGAGAAACAGCGUAGACUUCAAUUGGCAAGUUCAUGUUCCAGCUCUCCUUCCAGCAGCCCAACCUUUUGGAACUACAGCCGUUCCUUAGUAGAGCAAGCACAGGUGCUGAGAAAGUACCAGUAUCAGGUGGCUUGCAUGCCCCAAGCUCCAUCAGCACACAAGGACGAAGCUCGUCUGAGCUCUCCACUGACUGCAGAAGAAGUUUGGGCAAGGGUGAUUGUGAAUCGACGACAGCUUGAUUACCUGGAUUCCUGGACCGCUAGGUUCAGAAGUUGGAUUAAUGAGACUAUUUUAGUGCCACUUGUACAAGAGAUUGAGUCUGUGAGCAGUCAGCUGAGAAGAAUGGGGUACCCAGAAAUGCAGGUUGGAGAAGCCAGCAUCAGCAAUCUGAAACAAGCAGCGCUUGUUAAAGCUCCAGUCAUGCCAACUCUGUACGCUAUAAUGCAGUAUUUGGAUAUUGCAGCGAACCAAGAGUAUUUGGUUGAAAGGAUCAAAGAGCUUUCUCAGGGAGGAUACAUGAGCUCAUUCCGAUGGAACAGAGGAGGAGAUUUCAAGGGCCGUAAGUGGGAUGCUGACUUGCCCACUGACUGUGCUAUCCUUAUGCACAUAUUCUGCACUUACCUCGAUGCCAGACUGCCCCCUAGCCCCAAAUACCCCGAUGGCAAAACCUUCACUGCCCUACACUUUGUUCAAACACCAGAUAAACCAGACAUUACAAAUGAAAAUGUAUUUUGCAUCUACCAAAGCAACAUCAAUCCACCCCACUAUGAGCUGAUCUACCACCGCCAGGUCUACAGUCUGCCCGAGGGCAGAAACAACAUGUUCCAUACAUUGCUUAUGUUUCUGUACAUCAUAAAGACAAAAGAAUCUGGGAUGCUUGGGCAAGUGAAUUUUGGUGCAUCAGGAGUCAACGUUCUAGGGGUGUUUGGAGAGUAA